AUGAAAAAAACGGAACCUCACAAACAUGGUACCUUGAGUGAGGAUUUACGUUUACACAAUCUAUACAAUGCUUUAAAGUCAUCUCACUCAAGUGCCAGUAUUCGCUAUUUGGAACGACUGAAAAUAGCUUCUGUCUCUACCAUUGACCAGCUACUAUGCAAAAUAGCUUCUCGAGCUCGCAAAACUCAACAAUCUACUAUUAUAUCAACUUCAUCAUCUCGAUCAUCAGAUAUAUGGCCUAUACAUCGACUCUUGGCUUGUUUUGAUGUUAUUUUAGAUGCUAUGAAACAAAGAUCUUGUCCUUAUGAUCUUUUGUCUAUCAAGUCCUUCAAAGCUUGUGUGCGUCUGGUUCUUGAAACUCUAGGUAAAACAGAUGACAACGAUAUGGACAUUACCAAUGAAUAUGGAGGGGAUUUUACCAAAGCUGCUACUCAACUCAAUGGCUCGAAAUGUUGGUGUAAACUCCUAGAACAUCUUGCUCGACUGACUCGACGACGAGGGACAACAAUGACUACAACAAAAACGGUGGAAAGAGGACUCGUCAAAGCUAUUUUGAAGGAUAUUCAAUUACAGCAAGCUCAUCUACGUAUUUUCUUUUGGUCUACUAAUGUGACAGAACAAGAUAUGUCUCCUUAUGUACAACACUCCUCUUUUGAUCACACAAUGAUGACAGCAAAAACAUAUGGUCUUCGUGGUCUUUUCGCUCAAGUUUCCUUCUUUGGCUCUGAUUUGAUCAUGCAUGGUGCUUAUCGUCGACUUGUUUGUCAACCUCUCUUUUUCUAUUUUGGUCAUAGUUCUCUAUCUCAACAUACUGAAAUAGCAAUAGCAUCCUCUACUAACACCUCCUCUUUGAUAAUUGGACAACAAAACCAUGGCCGAUUAUAUUCAGCUCAUCAUUUAUCGUUAUGCAAGGCAGCUACUCAGUUACUAAAUGCUUUGUGCAAAUUCGAACAAGAACAACAAGGCGAUAAUGAAACAAUAUCCCAUGGGCAAUAUUCUUGGAUUCAUUUUGUUGGGUCAUCCACGUUAGUAUCAAUUAAAUUGGCAAGAACAUGGUUAGGUAUCUUGGAUCAUUUAUUACAAAGUGAAGAAUAUUCAACGGCUCAACAAACAGGAACUACAACAGAUACAUGUCGAAUAUUUUAUUGUAUGACAGCUGUAUUGAUGAAAUUACCACCACAAAGCAAAGUAUACUCACACUUAAUACCACGUCAAAAACGCAAUAGCAACAAUGAAUCAACAACAAUAUGGUAUACAGCACUCCCUCGUUUCUUUGCACAGUUUAUAUAUUAUUUACAACAAACUCAACUGAAUGGAUCACAACAUACCACCGUCAACACUAGUCAACAUGUCAAUGAUUCUAUUGGAAGGAGACAAAGAACAAAUAUAUUGAAAUCAACAUAUACUUUGGACAUACUAGUAAAACUUUUGACGCGACUUUGUCAUAUUUCUUGGCGAUGCUUACUUUCUACGUUGGAUGGAAAAACUCUUGGUAGCAAAAAAGGAUAUGAUGGUCAUAUGGAACUGUUGGGUGAAAAGUUGACUGGUUACUUGACGAACACAUUGAUGGCGUUUACUGCGUUUCCUAUUUCUGUGGAAGCUCUUUUCUCUAUGGCCACGGAUGAUGGAAAUAUUGGAGACACUACCGGUAUGAAUUCUACUUAUUUGCUAUCAAUGGAUAUCUGUGCAGAUGUGGUAAUAAGGGGUUAUUUCGGAUUGACAAGUACGACCAUUGAACUAUAUCAAACAUGCUUGGAACCUUUACUCGAAACACUAAUGCAGCAUCUUCAAGUGGUACGUUCCUCGUGGCGAAUGAAGCUUGGAUCUAGAUUGGCCUGGUGCAUUCGUUCUCAAAUGUCUUUACUCUAUGCUGAUAAUAAACUGGACAACUCUCCCUUACUUUCUCGAUUCCAAAAGUUGGUGAUUUAUUUACUACAUGAUGAUGGCGCGAUUGAUCAACUGGCUGGAUAUUCAACGGGUUUAGGAAAAUAUAUUUGGGAACCUACUAUCAUGCAAGCUCGAGAUGGGUUGGUGGAAGCAGCUUCUUUCAUUUCAUCAACUUCAGCGACGAUACCAACAUUAUCAUCAUCAUCUUCUUCUUCCUCAACAGGAAUCUUGGCGAACAAUUAUACGGACAACGAUAGACAGCCUGGACCUACUUCACUACAUGCCACAUCACAAUCUAUUUUUAGGACACCCCAGAAAAUGUUACAAGUACUAGCAAAGGCGAAAAGGGCAUUGGUAGCAUUGGAAAAAAUAUCACGACAUCCACGAGCUUGUGAAAGGUUGGCGGAAACAAACAUACUGGAACUAGUAGAAGUUGGUAUGAUCCCCUCAUAUGCAUCCAAUCAUACUUCAUCACCUUUCAAAAUAUCAAUGGAUAAUAUUGACACUGUGUCGACAGGAUCAACAUCAAAUGACGACGAUUACCAACGCUUUUCAGUACUACCGAUUCAAGUAUGGACCGUAUAUGGCUUAUUUGUAGGACUUGUUGCAUCUUUGGCUGAACGAACAUCAUUAAUGCGAUCCAAACUACGGCAAGAACAACAGUUGGUGGAUGUUAUUAUGGGAAUCCUUUGGUCCACCAUUGGAAAACAAUCGGCAAUUUUAUUACAACAACAACAACAACAUCAAUCAUCCGAAGAUAUGAUCAAGGUAUUUCAGCAUGUAGUGAAAGCAUCCAUUCAAGUGGUAUAUGCUUAUAGAUAUGACAGUGUAGCGGCCAUGGAAUGGUUAACCUGGAAACAAGAAAUUGAAGAUGGACGAUCAUUGACACUAGUAUCAGCAUUAUUAGCUAUUGUGGUACCGUGGUGCAACGAGACUUACAUUAAAACUGGUUGUGGAGAAGGUGACAAGGAAAGACAUUGGUGGAUGAUCUAUAGUGGACAAAUCAAUAAUGCUUCGACCCUUUUGGAACAUCUAUCUCUUUUUGGUGAAUGUGGAAAACAAUUAAUUCAAGAUAAUGCCUCUGCUUUGCAAGAUAUCACUCAAUGGAUGGCAAUUCUUUCUGAUAUGGCAAUUGAACGCUCAUCAUCUGGCUUGAUAGACUCACAUGGAAUCAACUCAGUUCACAAUUUGGAAGAGAAUAUGGGCGAAAAGAUCGACGGUGGUGAUGAUGAUGUGGAAAACGUACAAGAAGAACAACUCUAUAUGGACUAUGAUGGAAAUGACGAUGGCGAUGUUUCCUCUUUUAUAUUUUGCGACAAUCAAGACGAAGAUUACAAAGAGGAUGGCGAUUCAGACAGUAAUAUGAUGGUUGAUUUUACAGUAUUGACAUCUCCAACACCGAGUAGUGACAAGACAAAAUGUUUAGCACCAUUACUACGUACGUUGAUCAAAUUGAUAACCAGCCGGGAAAAUUUGAAGCUAUUGAUUCUCACGGAUGGAUUUACUCGCAUGUUUGGACCACUUUUAUUUACGCUGCAAGCUUCUACAUGGCAUGAUGAUAAAAUGGAGGCUGUACUGGAGAAAUACGGUAUGGGAAUACAACUUGGUCAAGCUUUAUGGAAACGUGUGGAGGACUUGAAACGACUAUUUCAAUUUUUUGGACAAAACGAACAAGAUAUCAAUCAUCGACACGAAUUGACAGCAGUGGCAUUGGUAUAUGCAUCGUUUUGGAAUAUAGAUCACUGGCAAUCUACUUUGGGAAUAUUUGGUUUUGAUACAAGUCAAGAAUCAAUUGUCUACUCCACAAGUCCUUUUGGUAUUAUUUGCCAUAUGUUGAUGCUUGAUGAUGAUGAUGAUAAGCAACAACAAAAUGAUUUCUCAACUACAAUGGAAAAGAAACAAGGUAGAAGAUGUGCAGCAGCCCAAGCGAUCACAUUAUUGGCAUAUUCCUUUCGAUUACCUUGGCAACAACAAUUAGACGAUGCUCUGGAAAAUAAUCAACAAAAAUUGGAUCAGCUUUUAGUGGAACAAAUGACAAAGAAUAGACAUUUGUUGGAUGAUAGCAACAACAGAAUAAUUUUAUUACAGACAGAUGAUGCAUCGAAUCCUAUUCAAGUCAAUUCGAAAGAUCUCACUUGGAUAUCUCCAGCAUUUGCAGCCAUGCUUAGCGACCAUUAUGCCGAAACAACGACGGAAUCUUCUAUCCAAUUACAUGACAUUACAUUGACAAGUCUACAAUAUUUUAUCCAUGUCAGUCAAUUGCUUCAGAAUCACUACAAACAGCAACAACAGGAUGAUAUGAUUACAAAAGAUAUAUUGGAUGACACCAAAAAUGAAUGGAAGGAUGUCAUGGUGGUAGUACAUAUGGCUGAUCGAUAUAGUAGUCCUAUAGUUCAAUUGCUAGGUGAAAGGUGGAUUAUGAAACAAAUCAAGAAAAAACAACCUGAUUAUCUUUCUGGAUGUCUGGAAGCCUAUUUAUAUCUGCGGGACAAAUAUCAUGGUAUGGAUGGUGGUGGAUUGAAAAGUACUUCUUGGCCAUUUGGGCUUAUUUUGAAUCAAUGUAUGAAAGCUCUUUUACUGGAUACAAUCGACUUGAUAGAGACGACAGCAUUCAAUAAUAUGACCGAUAUCAACAACAACAACAACAACAGCAUCGAAGAUAUUGAAGCUUUCUGCAAUGCCGCUCUUGUUUUACUCCAACACCCAUCAUCAUCAUCAUCAUUAGAUUAGCUAUCAUUUUCUUAUCUUUACAUAGUUAUACCCCUCAUCUUUACUCUGUAUAGAAUCAUCUCAAUAAAUACAACUCCCAUAUACAAUUAUUUAUUUACUCAAAAUAAAUAU